CGAUGACGUAGGCAAAUCUCGCGAAUGCACUCUCUGCUGUACAGAAUAUACCUAACGUUACGGGAGUGCCUGGGACUUAAAAGAACAAACAUUACAUCAUGAAAGAUAACAAACGUAUAAGUCCGCUUUAGGUAUCGAGAGGUAAACCAAAAAACACUGGUGCAGGAGAUCUGUCUAAUACAGAAGUUAAUCUUGUUUCCUAGUGCUUUGACGGCCUGUUACUUCUGGAAAUCCUCGGGCUAACCUAACCUGUGGACUCAAAACCGAGAAAGGAAGAACAACAUUGGGGAGUAUAUCAAGCUAAGCCUUGGCAGCAAAUCUAUUUUUCAAUACAGAGGGGUUAGAUAGUCAGGUGAUACGUGUAAUGAACUGAGUAUUUGCUUAAUACUCGAACUCUGAGAGUUACAGUCGGCAGAAGUGUCAUAGUCGUCUGCUAGCUAAAUUAAAUGCUGAUGGACACUUAAUGCUAGCUAGCAGUGCUAACGUUAGCUGUCUAGCUCUGUUGACAAAAGUUUUGUUAACGGUGUACAUGGCUGUAUUAACUAGGUCGUUAGUGAAGGAAAGAUAAUCUGUGGUUAACGGUCAGUUCAGUUUUCAGUAAACUAUUUGCUGGCUGCCAACAGCUCAGAUACUUUGUGAUUGAUACGAUUAAGUUGACAGUUAGCCCAAACAUGUUAAGUUAGCCAGAAUAGCUAGGUUAACCCAACCUAGCAAGCCCUUUUCAACCUACCUGGUUGGUCACCUUAUCAGCAGUAAAGCUAAAAGACGAAGCUCACGUAAUUGUCCAAAUAUCUUCGUCAUUUAAUUGUAAAUAGUUUUUCAUUUUCUUGACUUAUGCGGGGCUCGUUGGCCAUGUGUAGUGAGUUAGUAGUAGAUGAAUAACAAACAGACAGUCAUUGGCGAAAUCAACUCGAGAAAGUCAUCUUGUUAUCUGUCGUGUAGCAAUCCCAGACCAAAUAUCAGGCCACAGUGAGAAUCGUGAUACCUACUCUUAUAGAGGUCACUCAGAAGGCAAAAAGUGUCCUGCUUCGUUUCGUAACACCACUUAACAUUUUGUACUAGACAGGUAGUAAAGUAGUCUAAAGAUAUUUCCAUUGUCGUGUAACGUUAGACUAACCUCCUAGUGUAGUGACGUCAAAUCCCAACUUUGCCUUUCAAGCUAAAAAUAAAACACACUUGGAAUAAUCACGAUUUAUUUUUCUGGCGAAUGAAGCCCCACUCUUCCCCUUGGAUGUCAAGAUCUGCUGUCGACGUCAGUUGCCUUUGGGGCUGUUGACAUCAGCUACACAGCUACUGCACCUUGCCAAAGUCUGCUCGGUUCUUGAUCGUGACAAACGAGAAGACAGCACUCGGCAUAAUGAACCGCUACCUACCUGUGGCCCGACAGCACUUUCUGAGCGCACUCGCCAGCACCAGCGUGGUAGUUAAGUCCAUCUGUGCGACAGUGCUAGUAUUUUACCUUAUAUCCUGGGCAGUAGACACUCCCUAUGCUCUCGGCGUGACGCCAGGUUUCCUUUUUCCUCCAAACUUCUGGGUAUGGACACUGGUGACCCACCCUGUGGUUGAGCAGCACAUAUGGGGAGUAGUGGUCAAUGUUGCCACUGUGAUGGUGUCAGGCCGGCUGUUGGAGCCCCUUUGGGGAGCACUGGAGCUGCUCAUCUUUUUUGCCGUGGUCAACAUCUCGGCGGGCCUCCUUGCGGGCCUCUCUUACCUCUUUACCUAUGCCGCCACCUUUGACCUGGACUACCUGUUUGCAGUGCGGAUCUACGGUGCGCCCGGAUUCCUCGGCGGGGUCCUUGUGGCCCUGAAGCAGACGGCUGGGGACACCACGGUGCUGCGCGUGCCGCAGGUCCGACUGAAGGCGGCCCCAGCGCUGGCUCUCCUGACGCUGGCCGUGCUGCGGCUGGCAGGGCUCCUGGACACGGCGGCGCCACUAGCCGCCUGUUGCUACGGCGCCUUGGUGGGCUGGGUGUACCUGCGCUUCUACCAGCGGCACAGCCGGGGCCGUGGCGACAUGUCUGACCACUUUGCCUUCGCCUCCUUCUUCCCCGAGGCUCUCCAGCCGGCCGUGGGGCUGGUGGCCACCCUGGUCCAUGCGGCGCUUGUCAAGAUGAAGGUGUGUAGGAAGAUGGUGAAGAGAUACGACGUGGGCGCGCCCUCCUCCAUUACAAUCAGUUUGCCGGGCACUGACCCUCAGGAUGCGGAGAGGAGAAGGCAACUGGCAUUGAAGGCUCUGAAUGAACGACUGAAGCGCGUGGAAGACCAGUCCGCCUGGCCCAACAUGGAGGACGAGGAGGACGAUGACGAGGAUGAGGUGCGGACGGACACCCCACUGCUGCCCACCCGCGAUGCCUCCACACCUGCCACCAGCGCCAGCUCUGGCCAGAGCCCCACAGGGCAGGAGUCCAGCAUCAUCAGCUUUGAGGACGCCCCCUCCCACUCCUAACACACACACACACACACACACACACACACACACACAGACGGAAGUACAUACAUACAAAGCUCUGAGGCAUGUCACACAUGUACGCAUUCUCAGUUGUGUAAUGGAACACACACAUACCGAAUCAUAAAACAGUCAAGUCCUGUUCAUAUCUGACGUACAGUAAUUAGCCUUAUGAAUUACUAACACACCCCUCUGCUUCCCAAAACACACACACACACGCGCGCGCAUAUACAUAGAUGUUUACCACAAAUGGACGUUUCUCAGCUUCGACGUUUGACAGAAGUACAGUGGCUCCACUCUAUACCUUGCUUCUGUGGCACUAAAAAUAAUCCCAGAAUAACUGUACAGAAGACAGU